AGAACGACAGCUUACGAUCGAACAGAAAAGCAGAAAAGUUGUAAACAAACGCAGCGUGGUUUCAUGUUAAUUAUAAUUAAAUUUUUUUGAGUUUAAUUCUAGUGCAGCUGUUAUCUUAGUUCCACAAAGAAACAAAAGCGUCAUGAAGUUAGUCAGGUUUUUAAUGAAAUUAAGUCAUGAAUCUGUCUGCAUGGAGUUGAAAAAUGGUACUCAAGUGCGAGGGACUAUAGCAGGUGUGGAUGUUGCCAUGAAUACUCACUUAAAAGGUGUGAAAAUGACUAUCAAAAACAGACCAGAAGUUAGAUUAGACACAAUUACGAUAAGAGGAAAUAACAUUAGGUAUUUCAUUCUGCCCGAUGCUCUACCUCUGGAGACACUUCUUAUUGAUGACACACCUCGUGGUAAAGGGAAGAAGAGAGAAGGUCGAGGUCCUGGAGCUGCUCGAGGACGAGGUAGAGGUCGUGGAACUCGAGGAGCAAGAGGUGGUCGUGGCAGAGGAAGAGGUCGACGAUAAUAUGAAACGAUCCUAAGUUUCAAUUAUGUACAGUCUCUUAAAGUUCAUCUGUGUCUUGCAUCUUUUUCUCUGUGUAAGCUGAGGCAUGUUCGGCGGAAAGUAAUUUUCAGUGCUUGGAUUGCAAGACGCUUCAUGGAUGCAUCCACUGCAAGUAAUCCGGCUUUAAUCUCUCAUCCUCACUACCAAGAAGUAAACUAAAAUCGUAUGAGGUUUUGAGAAUUUUUAAUUUUUGGUUUAGCUUCAUCACCCACUUCUGAGCUAUUCUCAUCUGAUUCCUCAAUUUAUUUUUUUGAAUUUUUUGUGAUCUUAUUAUACAUUACCCUCUCAGAGCCAAUUAGUGACUUCAAGUUUUCUAAAUAAAAACGCUCCGACACUUAAAAUCAGUCCACAUUUGUAUGUACUUAUCCUGUCUUCUUUUGUGUUCGACUCUACUUGUCCCUUUUAUAACCUAGGAGAAGACCUCACUUUUGUCAUACUCAUAACCAGUCCUACCCUAUCCACAAAGAAUGUUACAUUCUGACUUGCCAGAAAAUAGAUUAACCAUUUUUGUUUCUUACUAUAGUAAAAAAAUAAAAGUCAUGGAUCCAUUGCAAAA